UUGCUGUUUCACCAUUUCCUGGAGAGACGGCCCUUCAUCUUUGUCCUUCCAUACUAGUAACUCCAGCUUUCCAGACAUUUCUGUAGAUGAUGAUGAUGAUGAUUUCCCCCCUCUUUUGUUGGAUCGUCCUUUCCUGCUGUGAGCUCAAAAAUAGAAAUCUUUUAAAAAUGCAUUGUAGUUUUCAUCAUAGAUUCUAAUACUGUUCUUGUGGAAACACUUCUUAUAUUGUUUUUCAUUCUAUAGAAAUUUGUUUCCACAUUUUUAUUGUACUGAUAAAGUACAGUAAGCCCCUUGGUCUCUUUAUGUAAACAUUCACUUAUUUUAAAUGCCCCCCUAACUAUUAUAGCAAUCAUAUUUAGAUUUUCAAAUAAACACUACACAGAAUUAGCUAAAAAAUAUGAGUCCUUCAAUAAAGAAUAAACUAUAUGGGGAAUAUGCUUUCUUUUGGUACAGUCUUCUCUAGGCACUAGGAGCGUUUUAGGCUUUAGUGUUCUUACUGACAUUUUUUUUUAAAUUUAAUCCUAAACAUAGCAAAUGAGAUACUGAUACUCUGAUAUUAUUCUCCUGCCAGGAAAUAAUCAGAGUUUUAGGCAAGGCUGUUUGUUUUAGCAUUAUUUAUAACAAUGAAAAAUGGACACAGUUUAAGGCUCUAACAGUCAGGAUAGAGUAAAUGAAUUACACUAUAAUCACAUGAAAAUAUCAUGCUGUCUUUAAACAAUUAUGCUUUUGAAGAUAUAGGAGAGUAUUUAUUCAGAAAUGUUAAAAGCAGGAUUUAAAACUAUAUACAUACUUUAGCUAUGUAUAUUUGAAGAGAAAAUAUACCAGUGCUAUCAGUGGUUAACUCUGGGUAGUGGAGUAAUAGUGCUUUUUAUUUUUCUUAUAUCUUCUAUAUUCUCCACAUUUUCUAAAAUAAGUAUACAAUUAAAAAAAAGCAACACUAAGUUAUAUUAAGGCAUAAAAAAGGAAGGAAAUACUUCACAGAUCAGGACAUUUCUAUGAACAUCUGCGUAUUGUGCAAACCAUGAAUAAGUAGCAGCUGCACUUGAAAUCAUUAUUCAAGUCAGCUGAUCUUGUAACCACAGCAUUAAUAAUAGCCUUUACAAGAUAGGUUUCAGUGAUAUCCUUUAACUUUGUCAGGAUUUAGACUGGUUGUCCUAUUUAGUGUACAAAAACCUAUGAUGGGAUCCUACUUAAAUUGUAGAUUCCUGGGCCUUACCUCUAGAAACUGUAAUUCAUUUGUCUAUGAAUGCACCCAGGAAUCCACAUUUUUAAUAAACUCUCAGGGUGAUUUAUCUGAUGCAGGUGGCAGCCUGACAUACUUUGAUAAACACUGCCAUAGUUGAAGCUCAUUUAGAUGUAAGCUUUAAGGUCUUUUCUAACCUGGAACUCUGACCUGCCUGGGUGUGGGAGGUUCAACAGUGUAGAAAGCCAGGGUUUCAUGGCCCAGUGGUCCUAGAUGCUCAUCAGAACCACCUGUGGGGCUUUUAAAACACUGCGAUGCCCAAAUCCCAUCUUAGAAUCUACUGACUCAGAUUGUCUAGGAAUGUGGUAUGAGCACCACAGGUUAUUCAGAACUGAAAUCUGUCCAGUAAACUAAUUGAUAUGGAACACAAUAUUGAUGGGGCUUGUUUCUUAUAAGCUAUACUGAUAUGUAUUGGUGAAGACAAUAUGGCUUGGAAUGGUGGUCAUUGGUAGGGUCAGCUGCCUGAAAGUUAUUGGGCUCCCAUUGUUUCUACCCCAUUGAUGGCUGCAAGUUAAUUUUGGUUUUCUUGAUAACUUUUGAUGUCACUACAUAGUUUUUACCUCUAGAUGGCAGCAAAGGCUAGUUAUAUUAUGAGGACAACUCUAAAUGUCAUUCUCAAAUCUUUGAAAAAAAAAUGAUGCUAUUUUUUUUCUUCUAUGAAUUUUAUACUUGGACAUGUUUCAGUAAAUGAGGUAUAAAGCUUUAACAUGUGUCAUCUCUUGGAUCAAUUUUUAGAACAGUAUGUCAAAUAGCUCCAAGAAAGUUUUAUCCAAAUUUGGAGUGCAUGUUGCAAGAGAAAUCCGUGCAUAUGCGUCUUUUAGGACCACACAGUGAAUGUUCUACUCAAGAGUUGGAGGCUCCUGGGUUUCAUCAGAAAGCAGAUGUCUUGGAGGAGAUUAAGCAUGUUGGAAAGCUCAUUCAUAGAAGAAAAGCAUCAGAUGGUGAAGGAGGAGGAGACACAGGAAUGACACAGCAGGAGACAGCUCCAGUUCCUGCCCUGUCAAAGAAAACCGAACAGCCUAAAGAAUGUUUCUUGAUACAACCAAAGGAAACAAAUGAAGAUGCCACCAAGACCAGGAAGAGGAAAAAGAAGAAAAUUACUGAUGUUCUUGCAAAAUCAGAGCCAAAACCAGGGACACCUGAAGACCUACAGAAGCUGAUGAAGGACUAUUAUAGCAGCAAUCGCUCAGUGAUUGAAUUAGAAGAACUAACCCUACCAGACUCCUGCUUCCUCAAAGCCAAUGAUUUGACUCACAGUCUUUCAUCAUAUCUAAAAGAAAUCUGCCCUAAGUGGGUGAAACUUCGGAAAAACCACAGUGAGAAGAAAUCGGUCCUGAUGCUGAUUAUCUGUGGCUCUGCCAUCCGAGCCCUGGAGCUCAUUAGGUCAAUGACCGCAUUCAGAGGAGACAGCAAAGUCAUGAAAUUAUUCGCAAAACACAUAAAGAUCCAGGAGCAGGUAAAAUUGCUGGAGAAGCGUGUGGUACACCUGGGUGUAGGAACUCCAGGAAGGAUUAAAGAACUCAUUAAACAAGGUGGCCUUAAUUUGAACCCCUUAAAGUUUCUGGUUUUUGACUGGAAUUGGAGAGAUCAGAAGUUGAGAAGGAUGAUGGACAUUCCCGAGAUAAGAAAGGAGGUUUUUGAAAUUCUGGAAAUGGGAGUCCUCAGCCUAUGCAAGUCAGAAUCUUUGAAGCUGGGCCUUUUCUAAGUCUGGUUCCUAAUGAAAAUUCCUGUUUUCGUGGUGGGAUUUGCAUGGCUCUGGCCCACUGCAAGCAGUUGGUAAAUAUCAGCUAUUGUUUUAUUAAGUUGAUUGUAUAACCAGAUGGAUCACUGGGAAUCUUAGGUGGGGAUUCUUUUACAAAAAUGAAUCUGUCCUUUGCCAACUCCCUUGUAUAAUAAAGUAUCACUGGCUUGUGUG